UCCAAGAUCAAGGCCCAAGACUAAGAGAAGUUGAACAACCACACAGUGCCGCCAAUCCAUCCAACAGCAACGCAACAAGCCCCUCACUCCCCACACCAUGUAACUGCUAGCGUAGGAUGAUCCUGAUGUAAUCAUGGAGCUAACGUCAGCGGGUCAUGCUGCCAAGUUGUUUCAGUCGGGUCAUUAUGAAGAGGCUGCGGAAAUGUACAGCCAUUGCUUGGACCAGCUGGCAGUAGCACCCCAGGACAAACGCAACAAUGCUCACAUUGCAUUGCUAUUCAACAGAGCAGCAUGUAAUUCUAAAUUGAAAAAAUUCGAAACAGCUGUAGAAGAUUAUGAUAAAAUCCUCAGCAAUGACAGGAAAAACAGCAAAGCCCUGGCGAAGAAAGCCAAGUCCUUAGCAAAAUGUAAGAAGUUUGUUGAAGCCUUGGAAAGUGCCAAACUGUGGCUGGAAGGUGACCCACAGAAUAUCCCAGCAAGUGAAGAAGUCAAGAAACUGGAAAUAGUAGUCUGUGCCUUACAGGAUCAAGACAAUGACGAUGAUGACGACCUUGCCAAUGAUUUACUCUCAGAUGAACGUAUUUCACCAGAGGGACGUGAUUACCUGACAUCACCAAAUGAGGAGCCCCCUCCCCUACAAGCGCCCAAUGAAGCCACAAACAUCCCAAAGCCUGAUGAUCAACCACCCAGUACUAAUAGAGAAGAGUUCAACUGCAGCUUUUGUGGUAUAAAGUUCGCCACCCAGACUGAACUGAAGACACACUGCCGCAGUGACCUGCACAAGAAGAAGAUCGUUGAUGAUGAAGGGAGAACUUGGAAGUACCGAGAUCCACCUCGAGGACUCACUAGUGAGGAGUAUACCAAAUGUCCAAGAUACUUUGGCGAUGGCACGUGUCGAUUUGGCAGCAAAUGUUCUCAGGCUCAUUCUGAUGAUGAACUCACAGAAUGGAAGGAAAGGUUUGAGUACAAGAGGCAGCAGCUCCAAAAGGCUAAGGAAAGCGAACUUCAUGGGAAUGGCUUUGCUGACACUCUCAUGGAGAAAUGGAUGAAUGCUGAAGCCCCAGAGAGUGUGAUGAGUGAUAGCAUUCCUGGUGUGAAAGUAUAUGCCAACUCGGAUCUUACCAUUACCAUGUCAUCAAAGAAAAGUGCCCAUGCUUGGAUUUUCACCUUGACCAGUCGACUUCAUCUUCACCGCGUCGUCCUUCUGGAUGAAUCCACCCACCGCCAUUUUCAUUGCGCAUCCAUCACCAUUGGCCCAAAGAAGAACCAGCGCGCACAAAAGCUCGAAGACCACUGCCAAGAGUGGAUUAACUCAAAUCCACCAAACACCAAUACCAAGAAUGAGACAGUUUAUAGAAUAAAGGUUGCGUUCAGAACAGACAUUUAUGGAACAUUUCGACAGACGAUAGUAUUUGACUUUGGAAGUGAACCGGUGCUGUGCCAGAAUCUGUGUGUUGACUCAAACUCUGUGGCGGAUUUUGAAAAGCUAGCCGAAGAUCUUGUGUUUAGUGAGAUCGGUCGCUGGGAUCUCAAGUCAAAGGCUGUAGUCAAGUUUGAACCUGCGCCUCAGUUUCCUGAUGCAGCUGACCAAGACCUCAUGUCCAAGUACCCGAUUCCGUCUGCAAGCCAGAUAAGCCAGUCCAAGUCUCUACAAUCCAGUGAUGCCAACACAGAAAACUACAAACAACGUAUGCACGAUCUGCUUGCUAUUGAAGAGAUGGCACAAUUUUCUAGUGUUGCAAAGUAUAAUGUAAAGACUGUGCUCCACCUGACGACCCGGUUCAUGCUCAUGCCCUCCCUCAUCACCACUGCCAAGUAUGCUGUCAACGGGGAGUUGUUCGCUCAGUUAGACUUGACAAUGGAAGUCUCAGAAGACACAUCCCAUGGUCGACUUAUCCUGCAGAACGUCCACACUGUACUUAUUGCGCCUUAUGACCAUAGGUCAAAGGUGGACAAGGAGCCCACCAAAGUUUUUGAAGCCAUGGUAGAAGAUCGAGGAAAGUCUUUCAUAUUUCUGCGACUGUCUGGAAAGUGUGUCGAAGAACUUGGUUUGAAGACAGAUCAAGAUAUGCAUGCCCACGUUCAGUUCUGGUUGAACAGGGCUCCUAUGUGCGAGAUGCACCUUGCUGUUGACCGCCUGCCAGAUGCUUCCACGGUGUUCCCAGAUGUCACGACAAUACCAAACAUUCCUUGGACUCCACAAAGUGGUAACACUGACUCCUCCAAAUCAGAGUCAGACGAUCCUACUGCUGAGGCAGACAGCGUUGACUUGGAAGAUGCUGCGAAGCGGCAGUGGAGCGAGAACCUAGACUCCAGAUUAAACCUUAAGCAGAAGGAGGCCGUAGUUGCCAUAACGACUGUGCUAAGUUUCAAGCUUCCCCCUGUGCUGCUGAUUGGGCCGUAUGGCACGGGGAAAACAUUCACGCUCGCCCAGGCAGCACUGCAGAUUCUGAAACAACAAAAUACGAGGAUUCUAAUCUGUACACAUUCUAAUAGUGCUGCUGAUUUAUAUAUCAAAGAUUACUUCCAUCCGUACGUCGAGGAUGAUCACGAGGAAGCCCGCCCACUUCGGGUCAUGUAUAAAUAUCGCUGGAUGAACACCGUCAGCACCCUCAUACAGACGUACUGUCUCAUUGAACAGGAGGGCCAUUCGUUCAGAUUCCGAUCACCAGCCAAAGAGGAUAUUGAGAAGCACCGUAUUGUUGUAACGACGUUGAGCUCAUCAAGAUCCAUGUACGACAUCGGACUGGAAAAGGAUUUCUUUACGCACAUCCUGAUCGAUGAAGCCGCCCAAGCUGUAGAGUGUGAGACCAUCAUGCCACUGACUCUGGCAGGGGACAACACAAGAAUAGUCCUGGCUGGAGAUCACAUGCAGAUGAGUCCCGAAGUACACUCAGAUUUCGCCAGACAGCACGGCUUCCAUGUGUCACUCAUAGAGCGCCUUUUCGACAUCUACCCCAGUGAUAAUCCGUGUAAAAUUCUCCUGUGUGAGAAUUACAGAUCGCACAAGGCCAUUAUUGACUUUACGUCUGAUCUCUUCUACGAGAAAAAGCUGGUCGCUAGUGGCACCCAGCCAGAACACGAUACUUACUACCCCCUGACAUUCUUCACUGCCAGAGGAGAAGACGUACAGCACCAGAAUAGUACAGGUUUCUACAACAAUUCUGAGGUGUUUGAAAUUGCUGAGCGUGUGACAGAGCUUCAGAAGUCCUGGCCAAAAGCCUGGGGUCAGCUAGAUGAGAACAGUAUCGGAGUGGUGUCACCAUAUGUGGAUCAGGUAGCAAGGAUUAGGAGUGAGCUUAGGAAACGCAAGAUGCACAUGGUCUCCGUCGAGAGAGUCUUCAAUGUGCAGGGCAAACAGUUCCGAGUGAUAAUCCUUAGCACCGUUCGCACCCGCAAUACUUGCAGCAUGGAUAGCAACAUAGAAGAUGUAGACUAUGGCUUCCUCUCCAAUGUUAAACUCCUCAACACGGCCAUUACGCGUGCACAGUCUCUUGUGGCAGUAGUUGGUGAUCCAGUCUCAUUGUGUACCAUUGGCAAAUGCAGGAAAGUUUGGGAAACAUUUCUUGAGAUUUGCCACCAGAACAGCAGCUUGUAUGGCAUGACUUGGAGUCAGAUCAGGAACCAGCUAGAUGGUGUGGAACUAAAGAAGACAUACGUCCUGAACCCAUUGGCACCCGAGUUCAUACCGAACCGCCUGCGCCACGGAAGUGACCCUCAGGCUCCGCUCGGUUAUGGACCAUAUGGCUACAUCUAUACCCCAGCCGUACCUCGGUUCCAACGCCAGAACGUUUUUCACACCAAUGUGCAACCGAAUCCUUAUCUGAAUCUACCCACGGGAUACUUGCAACAGCUCCAGAUGUAUGCACCACUGCCUUACAACGCUAUUCCGUUGCUGCCUCGGUACUUGCCGUGCGUACCCCCACCCCCACAACCCCUGCCGCCUCAACCGCCAGCAGCACCACCACCUCAUCAUCUGCACAACAAGUUCAUGCCACGACCGGCUGGAAUGUCACCAGAAAUGGCCGUAAACCCUACGUCGUCUGCAAUCACAACAAAUACGAACUAUACCGUGGUCUCAGUGAACCAGUUGACCAACACUUCGGAUGCAGAGCCGUUGCAGGCAUCAGGGACUCAGGGCAAAUUACAACACAGCAAUAAAAUGACGAGUAACAUGAAGACGGUGUCCACAGCAAAUAACCACAUUGUAGCCUCGAGUUCAAAUUUAGUUCAUCCUUCUAGGCCAGGCAUGGCUCCUGUUUACCAAAACCACAGCAUGCAGGCAAAUUUCCAAGGAUUACCUAUGAUGCCUGUGCAGGCGAACUCUUGGCAAGAUAUACCAGGACAUUUACGGCAGCAUUUUGUACAGCCACAGCAGACAAUGCGGCAAAAUGUGCCACGGAAUACGACUAAAAAUGUGAAACACGAUCAUCGCCAUGGACAUGAUUUGCAUAAGUUUGGGCAAGAACAACCUGUGAAUCAUCGGAACAAUAAGAAACCAGAAGAUGCAGUGAUUCAGAAUAACCCUCAUCUUCAGCGUGAGAUGUACAGUUAUCUCCUUCAGAAGGAAGGGCCUGAAGCUGCACAUAGGUUCAUCGAAAGCCUACAGCAGUGUGUACCGAAAGCACCGCAGUCAUAUGAAGGUGAGCCGCUGUUCAAACACCACGCACAAAUGACAAAUGCAUUAAAGGAGGUAUCAAUGAAGGAGGGAAUGCCAAUCGUGCAAUCAGGAGUUCGACAUGACCCAAUGAAACCAAAGAACAACAGUCCGGUGCGCUCGUUGUAUCGUAAAGAUGGGUCUGUGAUUGUUUCUGUCAGUCAGAAUGACCAGAUGCAACGGGUGCGGCAUUCUUCCAGCAAAUCGACUGGCGAAGGGGAGAAUUCCAAGGUGAUUACCUGGCAGACAGGCCGACCUAAGGACCCACCACUUUAUCCACCUGAAGUCAUGCCACAAAAACACUUCUCCAGGUUUCCAAACGCCUCUGUUCAGUUCGAUACCUGUGCCGAUUUCAGGCCAGAGCAAAACUGCAUCAGCAGCAACAGGGCUCAUGCACAACAAAAGGGCGAACCAUGUAAAACUACUGCUGCUACGGUAAACGUUGCCAGUUUUCUCGAUCCGGAACAAACGGUGUCUUCAGUUCAUGAUGACCUUCUCUAUUUGGAUUCAGAUGCACCGAGUGGUGUUGAUCACGUUGUACGUUUUAUACAGGAUAGCAUUGAUAUGGAUGAUUCUGAUUCUGAUUCAGAGCAGUCGCGGUAUUUCCCACGAAAGAAAAAGACAAACUCUAGUGGUAACUUAACAAUGGUUGGUGCCAUCCCGACGUAUGCUGGUAUCCUUCGAGGUGAUACAUCCAAGACACCCGGUAGGAUGCGGCAUAUGUCGGCACCACAAACUCUGUAUUCUGGUGAAAGUAGCGUAUUUGGGCCAUCCGGGAUGACAACGUCUAAUGGAGCAAGACUUCAUGAACGACUUCCUCAUCAACAUUCCAGUGGAAAUCUCUACGAUAUAUCGUUAGGUCUCGAUGUCAACUCCGAUUGUUUUAACAGGAUCCCCUCAUAUAACUCUUCACAAACCUCGUUACACCAAGAACCUGUCAAUGAAGAGAACGUCAGUGACCCAUUAGACCACCACAAGAAUCUCAACUUCAACAAAAGCUAUGAGAGUACGUACAAGUAUUUCAAAUGAGAAAUGAGCUGUUGUUUAUGUGGUGUUAAAGGACACAGAGUGAUUUAUAUUUCGACAAAUCACCUGCCUAUCCUCUGCUACGGACGUGGGUUAAUCUAGUGUGUGGAAUACUCUUCCAAAAGAAGGCUGAAAAAAAGAUAUGAUGAUGCAUUGCAGAGUUGUAAAUCGAGACUUAAAGUUCCCUUGGCCUGUUGAAGGUUUAUAACUAUAUUUACCCUAGUUCUCUGUGGUUGGUAAAGAAGGACAGUUGGUGGUUAAGUUUUAUAUUUUGUGUGUGAUCAAAAUGAUUGUAAAAAGGCCAGUAAUUAAAUUAUUGGCUCAGCAUAAAUAGUUCAAAUUUUGCUAAAUGUAUUCUAUAAUUAAAAAAGGUGAUCAGGUAGUGACGUUACCUAGCUUGCCCACAAAAAAAAUAUUAUAAUAAUGUCAAAAGAGAAAAAGAAGUUUCUACUAAUAGCGUGUUGUAAUUAUUGCUUUGUGUGGUAAUCAGUUCUGGCUGUCAGUGCGGCUGAUCUACUGUUCUCCGUGGGACCAUUUUUAAUUUAAAACAAAAAUGAUGUUUUUAGGUGUGCAUAUACAUGUAGCCUUGUAUAAAGGAGUUACUCACCUCAAUGGGCACAACCAUUCAAAAUGAUUGAAAAAGACUUCUGACAUUGUCAGAAUUAAAAAAUUUAUUUUUCCAAGUUCAAAUCUUGUUUUAAGAAAACAUCUUUUCUAAUAAACUUGGAAAUUUGGGCUGAUUGGUACAUUUGUCAGCAACUCAAGGCCCAGGCUAUUUAUUGCCCUCUAAGAAUAUCUAAAAAAAUAUAAUUUUGGUUUGGGGAGAUGUGUUAAUUGUGGUUGGAGUAUUUCAGUAUAGACAGAAAAAUGUGCUGCCGUGAUCUCAAGAAUUCUGUUCCAUUAUGAGAUAUUUAAACUUUAUUAAGCAUUUGUAAUUUUCCUCAUAUUGCUUCCACCGUGCUAGUGUGUAUGCAUUGUAGUAUUACCCCAAAGAUGUUUCCAGAAAAGUUUAGCCAACCUUUUUAUGGUUUACAGUAUAGAGCAGUCAGUUGCGCAAAACGAUUUGGUUUGAAAAGUUGUACUGGUAGUUGCUUUUGUAUUUCCUCACAAGAUGUUCUUUCACAGUAUAGUUGAAUCUCAGGGACACCUUAGUUCAGUUAUGUCAUACAUCCUGUUCUUGGUGUGAAGAUAUUUGGAUAUUUAUCUAUGCUGGACACACUUUCUCAGCGAGGCCCAUUGGGCCCACACUUGCAAAGUGAUAAUUGUGUUCCCUCUACUGCCUCUAUGAGUAUGAGAAGUUGCAUAAAGAGGUAAGAUACUGCAAAUCACCUAAUGUUUGCACCGCUUUAAGUUUGGUUCACAAAACUUUCUUUAAAAAUUAUGAAUUGUGCUGUACGAAUUUGAUUGGUGAGCAGUAGAAAUGAGCGUAUGUGACUAUCUGUUUACCAUUUGAUUGCAGCAGAUUAAGAAACUUUAAUUUUCAAUAUGAAUACAAAUUGUUAGGAUAUUUUGAAGAUUUGUGUUGCCUUCUUGAAAAUGGUUUCAAUUAUCUUUGCCCCAGUGCAGUUCAUAUCACCUCAUGAUGAGUAUGCAAUCGUGAUGGUUUGAUGUAACUCGUCUCGGCCGCUGUAGUCUGUCUAUUUGGUCAUUGUAGUACCUUGUUUCAUAUAUUUGAAUGUUUGUGAGGUGUUCGUACAGUUUAAGAUGUUCUUGUUUUUAAGUAGAACAGUACUGUAAUGUUUUUUUAUGGUUUAGUAUUAAAAUUAGUACCGGUAGAUGAUGUUUUCCAUGUGGAAUUAUACAGCAUUUAUUUUUUUCUUUCAGUAUAAAAAGAGUGUAAAGCAUAUUUAAAAGUUUUUGAUUUUCAUAGGAAUCUGAUUAUUAGCUUUUAUAGACGUUUUUUAAGUGUAGUAGAAUAAGAACAUCAAAAAUAUGGGUUUCUAUUGUAGAUAACUAUGUGCUGUGAAAGUAAUAAAAACAGAAAAAAACACAUACCGUUGCAUUUCAGUGGUCCCUUUUAGUCAGUUCUCUGACUUUCUGAGUGUUUGAACAUUUUUGUUACGUUUUUAAUCUCCUGAAGGAUGUUAAACAAUUGUACAUGUUUGGUUUGUUCUGUAAUAAGUGUUGCUGCCCAAUAGAGUGGCAUAGACAAUUGUAAAGGUCACGUUGUCUGGUAUUGGGUUGAAAUACAGUGUAGGGCAGUUCUUUAACUUCUGUUGCCAUACUCGAUCUGUUAACCAGGUCUGGCCAAACUCAAAAACCAUAGUAUAAUCACAACUGCAAGUAUGCGAUCCCAGCGUGCUUUUCAGUAUUACCUUUGAGUAUUGGGCACUGUUUUGUUUACUUUGGUUUCAUGUUCAACCAAGCCUGAAAGCAGUAUGUUGUGCAUUAUCCAGGGUAUUUUCUUAUUCCGGGUUGCCACUUGUAGUCCUGAGAUCCUGCAGUGUAAAUAUAACAAUGCUUUUAGUUUUGCAUGCUGUCAAUUUGCCCCCUUAUGACUCAUGUAUCACAUUCAUUUGACUAGAUCCAAUCUGCAUGUACAUGGGCUGUAUGUAGUGCAUUAGUGACUUAGGUCUAGUUCUCAUGAGGUCAUUUUAGCACCAUUCUGUUUGUAACAUGGUCACACUAAUGUAAAAAUUACAUCUAAUGUUUUGUGAUGAUGCUUCGUUUUUAAGCCAGAUGUAUUUCAGUCUGUAAUACUUCAAAUGGCAUACCUCUGAUGCAAAGUUUGCAGUUUAUAGUAUGAUAUCCAAUUUAUUAAGUGCGAUCAGCAGAUUUCAUGUCCACUAGUGCCCCCUUGGGUCCUAGAUGAUUGGCUAGCUGAAUACCAGCAUUUAAGUCAAUGCAUUGUAUUGAGAUACGACCUCAGAAAUCGUUCACUGUAACCAUUUGUGUUAACAGUAAAAGUGUUUAAAGUAACAAAUUCAGCUGUGGUAAGAUAUUCCCACAAGAUCAGAUUGGUUAGAAUAGAAAUAUGUGUCUUUGAAAAUUAUUUCUCAAAAAAACCCAUCAGACUUAAAUUCAUGCAACUCAUCAGCUCUUGCCCCCUCAGAGGUUUGCUGUGCUAUUAAUGAACUAGCUACACAUAGUUUCAAUUAUCAAUUAGUUGUUUUAAGUUUAGGUACAUACAUGUACAAAAUAUCUGUACGAGUGUGAAUACUGUAGGGACAUAUGUGUAUAUAAUCCAGAACAUCUGUAUGGCUAUUUGGGUGCUUUAACUUUCUCUGUCUACAUGUGCUUGGAGAGGGGCAAGUUCGGAUAAAAAAUUCUGACCGUCAUGUUGUGUAGAUAUGGUGUGGGUACAAUUUCAUUUCACAGGAUGCACCCAAAAAUUGUUUGGUUAUUUGCACCAAAAAAACAAACGCUAUCGCACUCGCUCGUGUAGGCGCGGUGCAAGUAAUGGAACACUCUAUAUAUAAGGUACACUGCAGGAGAGGCAAAUUUUGGAUGGAAUACACUUUCUUUCAGUGGUGUGGCUUGGUACUUAGAAUUAGAUGCUGCUUGUCAAAAAGGAAGAAAAAAAACACAUAUUUUUGUAUCUUUCUAAAGCUGCCUGUUGGUUGAUGGUGUCUCUUUAUCUUGCAAUGUGCUUGUAGUUUGUGGCUGUGCUUCUAUGAAUCUAGCAAUAAAGUUAUUAAUAUUCUGGGUGUGAUACCUUCAGCCAUUGGGUGGUCAGUUUGUUUAGAAAUUCAUUUGAUGUGCUCUGGGGUUGCAAGUUGUUCAGUAGAGUCAAUAGUGAGGUUUCCCAACCACCCGGUUACGCCCUACGACGAUGUUUAUCUUUUGUUUGGGUGAACUCACACAAUAGAUAAACGUCGUCAUCGGGCCAAACUGGGUGGUUUAAGACUUUUACUGUCACUUCUGCUGAUACUGUUAACCAUCAAAUUUUUGUGGGCAUUUUUUUGUGGAUUUCCUGAAUAAACUCGAUUCACAAAAUACAAAUUGCUAAAGAAUAUUUGUUUGCAGAACUGAUGUAAUUUCACGCGAAAUUUUUAUCUUUCUGAAAAAGUUUUCUUGAUGCAAAAAUACCAGUAAGGAGGCACUAAACCUUCGGUGGUGGUUACAGUAAAUAAGGAACUUGCUUACUUGAGGCAUACUACAAUGUAUGUAGUAAAAAAAUGUUAUGUUCAUCAGCCACCAUAGUGUUUGUACCUGUGACAUGAAUGACUUGCUGUCUAUCUUAAAUGGCUGAAUUGUAGAACGGCCCUAUUUACCCUAUUGUAUCCAGAGCUGUUCUCUCAGAAUGGCUGUAGAUGUGCUAUCUUGUUGUUUCAGCUCAUUUCUAUUGUAAUAUCCCUCUCGAUGUUGUGGUUGUGAUUUAGCUGUACCGGUAUAAGUUCAUGUUGCGAUGUCUCGAGGACUGGCUGUUAUGAAAGUAUCUGUGAUAAUAGAAUAACAGUUUUUUCAUGAUUAUAAAAGUCUGUCUUCUCAGAGAGACUUUAAACUAAGAGACUAAAGGGACUUUACGCUAUACUCCAAAGUAUGAAGUCAUGUUUCCGCUUUUCAGCAGCAAGGUCAGUUUGCACGGGGUUAAUUUCAUGUAAGUUGUUGGCUCUGCGAUUGUGACUGACCACAAAUGCCUUUGGAAGCAGCAAAACCUUUUCCAUUUGUAGUGUAGAUGGGCAUUUAGACAAACGUGUGAAGGACAUGAUUGAUUGGGAGCGUCUGGUCACUGCUUCAACUGAGCAUGUUUAUCAGUUUGAAACCUGGGGCAUACGGUCAUUUUAAUUGGCCAAAUUUAGUGUCACCUGUCAUGCCAUUUCAUAGGUACCCUUUGUGGUCUCUUUUUCGCACAUGUCUCAGCUGGUUUGGACAUGUGCAUCUUAUGAGGCAAUAUGCUGUUAAACUCUGUGCUAAACAUUCUUUAGAUCCUAGGAGAGCUGGGCUAAGUGAAUGUUCUGGUUAUCUGUUGAGAAGUGGAAGUGACUUGGCUUUAUAAUGGGAAAAAAUAUGUUAGUUCGCUAUAUAUCUUUGACAGUAGUAAGUUGUGAGAGUGGAUGUGAAAGUGCAUACUACUAGCAUUGGUAUUUUACCUAAUGAUUGCUGCUCACAUGAGAGCAGCCCUUGCAGUUAAGGAUAAAGGCAUGUUCCCUUCGUAUAAGGUCAGUGAAUGAAACAAUCAAAAAGUAGAGAUAGAUGAAGUAGUAUUGGAUUUAAAAUAGGCUAAGGCUGGGCUUUCAAUGUAAUGUAGUUUCUUGGGUCGUUUGUUUUGGUCACAGAGUCCGAAAGGCAGCAAAUAUUUGGUUGUAGAUCAAAAAAAUUGGAGAAACUCGAUAAUCAUACGCCAGUGACAGUCUUAUAGUUAUUUUUGUGUAAUCUGCUACAAAAUCUAAAAAAUGUAGGAAGGUUAAAACUGUUUUUGAUUAAAAGUCAGGGAAUUUUCUCAUGUUUCGUUUGCUUUUGUGAGGUAGACGUGCCCCAGUUGUAGUUGUUGCUGGUUAGGUUGAAUGUUGCUGAUGUCACAACAUAACUGCCCACAACAAAUGAUACAAUUCAUCUCAAAAUCGCUGCCGGUUAUCAAAAUGUCAAGUCAGAUAUCAUCCUUUAGUGAACAUAGCAGCCUGCUCCACAGAGCACGUGGUUCGGUCAGUAAAUAUUUUAUGAAUGUUUGAUUAGUAGAAACUAGGUGGCAGUGUUUCCUUGCUAUUUACUUUAUAUAUAGUGUAUAUCUAUUGCUUGAUGUGCUGUUUUAAAUGUUAGUCGGCCCUCUCAUACUUGGGGUCUGUUUGGUCUAAAAUAACAAAUUUUGUAAUCUCCAGCUUGACAUAGGUCAGCUUUGGCAGCUUGUAUAAAUUACAAUUUCCAUGUUUUUCACAUGGAGUGCCAGUAGUUUUAAUAGAUCUGUACCAUGGCUGUUCUUUUUGUUAUUUUCUUGAUAUUGCAAAAUUUUUGGUGCAAGACCAAAUAGAUCUCUAUUAUGUAGGGGGCUGAAGGUGUAGUUAUAGAGGUGUUUGCCUGGCUUCAUAGUUUCUGAAUGUGUCUCAGGACUGUUGAGGUCAAUGGUUUGCUUUACAAUACAAGUCUGUUUGUGGCAAUACAUAACUUUGAUGGGAGUUUCAGGUACAAGAAAUUUCAUAAAAUGGAUAAUUUUUACUGAGUUCUUCUGCAUGACCACUUGUUUUGGUGCAAAUAUUGGAAUUUUCAUUUGGGGAUUUCGUGGAAGAAUAUUCAGUUUUGAAUCAUGAUUGUAUCCAAAGUGAUGGAGUGUUUUGAAAUACCCUGUAAAGUGAGUGACACCAUAAAUUGUUGGUUAGGUAAACGUUCCUUAUAUAUUUAGCAUAGGCCUGUAUUUAACUUCUUUCCAAAAAUCUUUUGAAAAAACAUCUUUAUUCAAGUUCAUGGCAAAAGAGUUCAAGGUAGUGCUGGCCUGAGUGGGUUUUUGAGGAACCGUUUUAAGAUAAGAGUUGAAUUUUGAGGAAAACUUCCAGUUUGUGAUUUUAUCUUGAAAAGCCUGAUUGCUCUGUAAUGGUCUGUCUUGUUCAUGAUCAGUGAUGUUAUGAUAACUGCAUGUAAAUUUUUUUUAAAUACUGUAGAGGCUUGAUCUUGUCUGUAGGAGCUUAGAUGUCAGGUUGAGGGGACGAAUGCCCAGAUUUGGUUUGAAUACAUUAUUUAUUUCUAUCGCAAAUUGUAUUGAAAUUUGGAUUAACUUCCCUCUGUCAUGUCUGUGUAUUCUCCCCUUGUCCUGGAGAUUUAUUUUAUUUUGACAAUAGCGUGAGUGUUUGUGAGGGCAUUAAUACAUAAUAAUCUCAGUUAUAUUUUCUUCUCUUUUCUGUAUUAUUAUUCCUAUUUCACUUGAAUAUUCAGUUGAAAAAAGCUUGGAUCCAUGAAACAGGGACCAAAAAAAGUAACACUUUUACCUUUUUGAAACCUGGAGGUGUCCCACAAGAAUGUAAAAUCUUCCUAACCAAGCCUCAUUUAUUUGUUUGUGAUGUUAAUUGAAACUACUGUAAGUGAAAUCGAAAUAUAUUUCAUUUCGUUAUUACAGAAUAAACAGUUUCAUGGAUAGCCAAGCUGCAAAUUUUUCUUCAUAUCUCUAAUACACGUAAUCGUAAUCGACUUAUGACACUAAGCUUAACACGAUGCUAGUGCCGUUCGGCUUUAUUUAUAUCCCUCUGUAGGGUGAAAGAAGUGGUACAUGUAUGGUCGGUGAUUGUUCGGUGGUAUAUGCCAGCUUGAUAUUUGCAUGACAACUGGUGUGAGUUCCUAAAAUUUUCUACGAGUUAAUGAAAAUGCGGCAAAUUCAUGCUAUUGGGGACAUUGACAAAAAAUAGCUCUUGGCGUGACUAGGAUCUUGAAAUAUGGUUGUCCUUACUUUGUAGGUUUUGUAAGACUGGUAGGAGGACAGGUCAUCAAGUGAAAGGUCCAUCCUCAAAUAUCUGAUCUGUUAUAAUGCUGGUAAUUGACAAUACAUGUACCAGUAAUCCAAAAACCGAGAUAUUCCAGGACUUCAGUUUACACGUGUUAAACUCAAAAUCUUUCAAGUUCUGAAACGACUGCUUCUAGCUUGAUCAAGGUUGUGCUGGUAACCAUAAUUUACACCACCUUUAAAUUCAUUUCAGAAGCCCUAGUUCUUCUCUGGUAAAGUUGUAAAUGUAAAUUUCUGAUACCGUUCUGGGUCAUUGAUGGUGUAUGUCCUGCGCUGUCAUCUGGAGGCUUGAUAAUAAAUUACAGGAGACCGGUCUCUCUUUUGAAUGUCGAACA